AUGCAAUUCCUUACUCCGCGGAAGGAGGCCGGGGGAGUGCUGAGUUUUCACCAGCUGUUUCCCGCCUUGAAACAGACAUCUGAUCAGCUGCAAACACACACACACAUACACACGCCCGGGGAGGCAGGCCGGAGAGACCUCCCUCCCGCCCCUCCCGCCCGCCUCCCUCCCCUCGCCGCCGCCGCCGCCGCCGCCAGCAUCUGGGACCGGCCGUUUCUGCACCUCCGUCCGGCGCUGCCCUUUGAUUCGGAUUUCCAUCUUGCAUUCUCCGGCGGACCGCGGGACCCGGCUCGUGCAGAGGAGGGGGGCCGAUCGCUAUGGAGUAUUUCAUGGUACCCACUCAGAAGCCUUGCCAACAUUCCACUGACCCCUGAGACUCAGCGGGACCAGGAGCGGCGGAUUCGGCGGGAGAUCGCCAACAGCAACGAGCGGAGGCGCAUGCAGAGCAUCAACGCGGGCUUCCAGUCCCUCAAGACCCUCAUCCCCCACACAGAUGGAGAGAAGCUCAGCAAGGCAGCCAUUCUCCAGCAGACGGCAGAGUACAUCUUCUCCCUGGAGCAGGAGAAGACCAGGCUUCUGCAGCAGAACACACAGCUUAAGCGCUUUAUCCAGGAGCUGAGCGGCUCAUCCCCCAAGCGGCGGCGGGCGGAGGACAAGGACGAGGGCAUCGGGUCGCCAGACAUCUGGGAGGACGAGAAGGCAGAGGACCUGCGCAGGGAGAUGAUCGAGCUGAGGCAGCAACUGGACAAGGAGCGCUCGGUGCGCAUGAUGCUGGAGGAGCAGGUGCGCUCGUUGGAGGCCCACAUGUAUCCGGAAAAGCUCAAGGUGAUCGCACAGCAGGUGCAGCUGCAGCAGCAGCAGGAGCAGGUGCGGCUGCUGCACCAGGAGAAACUGGAGCGGGAACAGCAGCACCUGCGGACCCAGCUCCUGCCCCCUCCGGCUCCUACCCACCACCCCACAGUGAUCGUGCCGGCACCACCCCCUCCCUCCCACCACAUCAAUGUUGUCACCAUGGGCCCCUCCUCGGUCAUCAACUCUGUUUCCACGUCCCGGCAAAACCUGGACACCAUCGUGCAGGCGAUCCAGCACAUCGAGGGCACCCAGGAAAGGCAGGAGCAGGAAGAGGAGCAGCGGCGAGCGGUCAUCGUGAAGCCGGGCCGCAGCCUCCCCGAGGCCCACGCCUCUGACACUGCCUCUGAUUCGGAGGCCUCGGACAGCGACGCCAUGGACCAGAGCCGGGAGGAGCCAGCAGGGAACGGGGGGCUUCCCUGACCACCCCCCAGCCCUCCUUUCCCUUCUUGGGGCUGGAGGGGGCCGGUGGGGCAGCAACAGGGAGCAACGCAGGUGAACGAGUGAGGAAUUUUUACAAAAUUACGACGUCAUUUGGGUCUCUUUUAUGACCUCUUUUUCAAUACUGUAAACCCACCUUGGAGCGAAGCCACCUGACCUGAGGUCCCGGGGGCUGGGGUGGCAGGAGCGUGUGGGGGCACCGGGACACCUGGGGCUGGGCCUCGCCCCGGAGGCCAGGGGGAGCUGACACAGGUGCCUGGCCUCUCUCCGCCAAAAAGCAUUUUUUCAUUUAAACAUGUUUUUAAGAACAGGGAAAAUCAAACAAAACCCCAAGGUAUUCUGCCCUCCCCAGAGCCAGCCCUAGACCGUCAGUUUUUGACUCCUUCCCUCCUCUUUUUGGUUUUUUUCCUUUCUCCUUUAAGCACUUACAUGGGUUGGGGGGUCUGGCUGGGUUGGGGCUCUCUGGGGGUCCGGGGGUCUACAAUGCUUCUCGGUUGGGGUUUGCUGCUGCCCUUCUCCCCUCCCCUCCCGGCCUCGGCUCAGCACGAGGAUUCGCCACUCCCCACCACCACCCAGCCCCACCUCUCCCUCCAGGUUUCCCAUCUUCCACCCCAAAAAUGUCUUUGUCUCUCUCUUUUUGUUUUGUUUGUUGUUGGUUCUUUUUGGUUUUGGUUUUGUUUAUCUUUUCUGUUUUUUGUUUCUUGUUUUCUGUUUUUGUUUUUGUUUUUUUUUUUUACAAUUUUGAGGUCUUUGUGUUCAAGGAGAAGCUAUUAUAUUUUGUUAAGAAAGUGGGGGGAAAAAAACCAAGAGGCCAC